AACAAGAAGAAGAAGAAGAAGAAGAGUUUGUUUGUAAAUAGAUAGUUUUUUUUUUGUCCAGAACAAUAAAGAUAAAGAAAAGAUGUUGGAAGAAGAAAAUUGUGACAGAGAAAAUGGGAAUUACGCUGAGGAAGCAAUCUUCACGCGAAAAUACCUCAAGAAUGUGAUUAUGGGUGGUUGUGGGCUGAACAACAGCUACGAAGAACAGCGGCAGCACAUUGAAGAACUCUUCCGGAAGGUUGCAGCGAAUGGGGAGUCAAAUUCUGCCAUCCUCAUAGGUCCUAGAGGAUGUGGGAAGACAACGUUGAUUGCUUCGGUGCUGAUGGAUAUUCUUGCAGAGCGAUGGUUUACAGAGAACUCCAUGAUUGUCUACCUCAAUGGUUUGAUUCACACGGAUGACAAGCUGGCGCUGAGCUCAAUUGCAGUUCAGCUACGAUUGGAGAACACAGUUGAUGGGAAGGUUUUUGGGUCUUUUGCUGAGAAUCUGGAAUUCUUGCUGACUUCCCUGCGACAGGGCGAUAGAAAGGAAUCAAAGAGUGUCAUCUUUAUCCUUGAAGAAUUUGAUUUAUUCUGUUCGCACCACAAUCAGACACUCCUGUACAAUCUCUUUGACAUCAGCCAGAGUCCGCAGGUUCCCGUUUGCGUGCUGGGUGUCACGUGUCGCCUGGAUGUGAUGGAAUUGCUCGAGAAACGCGUCAAGAGUCGCUUCUCCCACCGGCAAAUCUUUCUUUUUCCCCCAUCGAAUGAUCCUGAGCAACGAAUCUCAGCUUUCCGGGAACGUCUCAAGUUGCCCACGAAGAAAAGUCCCCCAUUGAGUGUGAGGACUCACCUGGAGGAAAACAAUCCAUGUGAAUUCAACUUCCUGCGCUUGAAUGUGAAUCAAAUCCCUUGCAAAGCUUCAGCAAAGUGGAUCCAGGAGUGGAAUAGAAGUAUUGAAAAACUCACGGAGAGGGAAGAAAUUCGCAGAGGAUUGAAGACAAUGUAUGAGAUUGAUAUUUCCGAGCAAUCCUUCAGGACUUUUCUCAUAGACAUCAUUUCUCUCGUAUCCCCCAAGAAGCCCCUCCUUGGAGAGAUUGAAGUUCUCAAUGUUAUAAAGAAGUACCUGGCAGAUGAGAAGAUUCAGAUACUCAGGGAUCUCUCAGUGAUGGAAUUCUGCCUGAUAAUCGCAAUGAAGCAUCACUGCGAAAUUUACGAUCGUGAUCCAUUUAAUUUCGAAAUGAUCCACGAGCGCUUCCUCAAGUUUGCCAACACCACCAAAUCUGUCCAGCAUUGGAGUCGCAGUGCCAUGUUCAAAGCAUUUGAAUUUAUUGCUCAACAGGAGCUAAUUGCUCCCGCGGGGGGUGGUGCAAAGAUUCAGAAGGAAUUCCAAAUGUAUCGCCUCCUGUUGACCUUUGGACAAAUUGCUGAGGCUACAAAGACUUACUCCGGCUUGCCUACGGACAUUACCCAGUGGGCUCAGAGUUCUCUCGUCUAACCUUUUAGCUGAAGAUUAAUCCAGAUCUCCCGGUGAGUUUGAAUCAUCAUUCCUUCGGUUUUCCUCUCUCACUUUAAAUAAAAUGAUUUAAAUAAAUAAAUGAUUUACCUUUUUUAAA